GCCAGUUCUGACGACCACGUGCCUCCAAAAUCCCAAACAGACGUCGCGGGCACCUGUUGUGCCACUUGUGCAGCUGUGAACAUCGACGACACACGCCGAAUUUGAUUAAUAUACUGCAUGUGCAAUCGUAUACAAAUAAUAGUGUGUACUAGUAUCGGAUGCGACAAAAACUGCAGCGUAUUCAAUGAAUAUAAUGUUAUGUAUUUACCAAAACAUUAGCAUAAUAUAUUUUUAUAUUGUGGCACAACAAAUAAUAAAUGAGAGUAAAACUCAACCACCGGAAAAACGGUCGACGUUUAAUAAACAUAUAUGUCCUACAUUUUUUCAAAUAACGUUUUAAUUGCAGUGUAAACACAAUGCAACCAUAUUAUUAUAAUAUUAUGUAUUACGUGUCCAAAAAAUAUAUAGAUAGAUUACGUGAACGCACGACAAACAAAACACACAUAACGCAUAACAACAGAAAUGCAAUGUGAGUCACAAAUGGUUGCUCAUCAACAGCCUCCAACAAUGGUUCUGGAAAAACUACGCUCUGUUCCUACGACAGAUUAUUUUUAAGUGCACAUUUUCACUUUUAUUUUCCUUCCCGUGUGCGACAUCCGCAUAUUGUCUCGUGCGCCAUAUAUAUACCGAUGUGUUUACCUAUUUUCGAGACAUUACGAUUUUCAACGCUCACGUCGCUGAAUAAUAAUAUUCGUCAUUUUCACUGCAGCUCUGCAAUGGUGUUCAAAUCGGUCGUAUACGUUUUGGCGUCUAUUCAACUGGUUGUUUGUGCGCUGCCCAACUCGUUUGAAAUGCCAUCCAAUGGAGUGCUACCGAAUCCUGUAACGUAUUUCGAAGGCGUACAAAACGAAAACAAAACAAAUGUUGGACGCUCACACGAGGCUAGAUUUGGAUACAUACCGUCAUCUUUUGGUGGAUCAUCAACUGGAAUGGGCGGUUAUCAAGGUAAUUCGGUCAGUAGCUAUGGAUCCAACAAAAUUGAUAUAGGAGGUCUGGUUGUUGGCGCUGUCGUCGGGCUUGGAAUUUUAAUUUUCAUCCCGAAAAUUCUUUACUUACUAUUUUCGACAACAAAUCUUUUUGGUGCUCAUCCAGUGGGCACCGGUUACACAGGAUAUGGAAGGAGUGAGGAUCUAAUGUCCGGUUUAAAUGGUAUAGUCACAAAGUUUGAAGAGUCCAUGUCCAAAUAUAAUAUAAAUACAACAGAAUGUAUGCAAAAAGCACUGUGCACUUAUAUACAGUCCACGGAACAAGUUAAAGAAAAAUCUGGAAUUAACAAUUUUGUAGACACUUCAAUUAAUACUUUAACACAAAACUCUGUAAUGAAUUUUAUGAUUGAUGGUUCGAGAUUCAAAGCAGCUCUUGAAGCCGGGAAGAAUGGAGUGUGUACGACUGCCUACAGACAAUGUCCAUUCGACCAAAACAGCAUUUAUAUGUUCUUAAGACAAAUUUCAACAAAAAGUAAAUCAUAAGUAAAUUUUGUUGUAACAUUGCAUAUAAUAAUUGUAUCUAUAUAAUUUUAAUUAAGUCCGUAGGUACUUUUUAAAGUAUACUGGAAAAUACAUUAUAGUUUAUUAUAAAAUACUAUAAAUAUUUAACUUAAUUUAUUUAAUUUACUAAUAACCUAUACGCACCAUACAUUAUAAUAAUCACACAAACAUUUGUACCUAAAUUUGAAAGUCCUACGAUAACUAUAACAACAAAUAACUAUUAAAAUCUACUCUUGUGUUAUUUUUCAAUUUUUAUUACUUCAUUUUUCGAUUUUAUUAUUAGAUAUAAUUUUUUACUAUUUUAUGCAGGUAAUUGUUUAGUACCUACAUAUAUUCAUUAUAUUAACUAAAUAGUAUUAUACAAUAUAAUAAUUAAUUAAAAUAUAAUAUUAGUAAA